UUGUCGGUUCAUACGGAUGAACUUCUGUCUCACCUGACACACGCUGCGGAUACGCUCUGUAAGAUUAUCGAAAAAAUGAAGAGAAAUCACGACUUUAGCUCCUCAGACAGCGAGCUCGAUGAGAAUAUCGAAGUGGAGAAGGAGAGUGCGGACGAAAAUGCCAGCGUGAAUUCUCCCCUCGGAUCAGUGUCUCCAGCCACAACCUCUCAAGUGCAAGCGAGAAAACGUCGCAGAGGGAUCAUUGAGAAGCGCCGCAGGGACCGGAUAAACAACAGUCUGUCUGAGCUGCGCAGGCUGGUGCCCAGCGCGUUUGAAAAGCAGGGCUCUGCUAAACUAGAAAAAGCAGAAAUUUUACAGAUGACCGUAGACCAUUUAAAGAUGCUUCAUGCAGCUGGAGGAAAAGGUUACUUUGAUGCUCAUGCGCUGGCCAUGGAUUACCGUGGGUUGGGUUUCCGCGAGUGUCUGGCAGAGACGGCACGUUACCUCAGUAUCAUCGAGGGCCUGGACAACACCGACCCCCUCCGCAUCCGCCUGGUUUCGCACCUGAACAGCUACGCCUCCCAGAGAGAAGCUCAUUCGAGUUUGGGCCACUUGGCGUGGGGCUCUGUGUUUGGGACGCCGCCCGGACACCUGGCUCACCAUCUCCUCCUGCAGCAGCCACGCAGCACCAGCAGCCCUCCAUCCUCCAGUUCUUCAUCGCCCUCCUCCUCAUCUCCAUCCGCCUCCUCCACAGAGCCGCACACCCCCAGCAGGCUGACUGGCACGGUGAUUACUGAGGCAGGGCAGACAGGACCGCUGCGGGUGCCGCCCAGUACCUCCCUGCACCCUGGGCUCACACCACCUACCACAUCCAAGCUUUCGCCACCCCUCCUGACGUCACUUUCAAGCCUGUCAGCGUUUCCCAUCCCGCUGAGCGCAUUUCCCCUGCUGUCCCCGAGCUCGCUGGGCCACGCAGCUCCCUCCAGCAGCCUGGGGAAGCCCUACAGGCCUUGGAGCAUGGAAAUAGGGGCCUUCUGAACACAAAAACAUGAACGCUGUGAACAGACAGUCAGUUAGAAAUGACUUAUUUUCUGUAACAUCUGACUUGAAGAGAUGGACAGAAGACUUGUACAAAGGGAAAAAGCGAAUACAGAUCCGGUGUACUUAUUCCAAUUACCCUGUCUUUUAAAACUGUCCUGUCUCGGUUUGAGGAGAGAUGAGUUCUGGAGAUGGUCGGGUUCUCGCACAUCAUUUUUGAGCAAAUCAAAGUCUAGUUCUUUUUUCCCUCAGUGGAGCAAGGUAUGCUAAUAAAGAGAGAAAGAGGUAAUUUGGAGCAAAAGCAGAUGAGAUGCAUCACUGAAUGGGUGUUAAUGGAGUUAAACUGAAACCAGAUGUCCAUUUAAAGGGACAGUUCACUCCUUCAGGUAAAGCAAAUGAUGACAGAUUUUUAUUUUUAUUUUUAGAUGAACUAUCCCUUUAAUUAUGUUAAAGAUGGUAAAGGAGUGCUUUGAUCACAUGAAACAUAUAUUUGCAUCCUAAAUCAUCUCCUUCAGAAUAAAAGGCAGGAUUUGUAAGAGAAUGAAAUCAGACUUAUUUUUUGAGGAAAUCUGUUCAGCGUUUCCAUGAAAUUGAAAUACUAUGCAAUGAAGUUGACAUUGAUUUUUGCAGUUUUCCCUCUGCAAAUGUAUAUGAAACCUAUGCAACUGAAUCUGUAUUAGUCAGCUGAACAUGAGUACUUUAUUUUUAUAAAGAUUUUAAGUCAUUUUGGUCAGUG